CUUGUCCAUGCUCUGUCUCUAGUGUUAUUAGUUUUUUGUGAUUUUGAAAAAAAGUCGACUCUGCUACUUUUCUCUUCUAUAGUCACUAAAAAAAAUUGGUAUACUUAGGUUGAUAUUCGACUUCUUAUAUGGAAUUUGAUUCUAGUUGAACAUAUUCCAGUUAGAUUUAAUACAAAAAUGGAUCGACCUCCUCCUAAGGGCCGCGGGGCUGCUAUGCUGGCCCUCAUGAAAAAGCGUGGACAAGAAAAGGCUGUUGGGGUUCAACCAGAAGAAUCACCUCCGGCAGAACCUCCGAAACCCAGAGGUCGAGCUGCUCUGCUUCAAAAAUUACAAGAAAGCAAACUUAAAAAAGUAGGGGCUGAUACUUCUUCCAGUGUUGUUGCUUCGACUUCUUUGAUACAAGAAGCACCCAUUACUGCUACCAAGGCUACUGCACCUGUGUCAGCCAGUAGUCCUAAAGAGACUUCGGUGGCUAAAUCGGUUGAAGAGCUUUCACGAGCGACUUCUGAAAUCUCCCUUACUGAACAAGAUCCAGUGUUUUAUAAAGGCGAAGGAGGCAAACAAAUAAAGGUAUCGGCUAACUACAUUAAACUCCAUUUGGAGAAAGACUGUGGAGUUUAUGAAUAUGAGGUUCGGUUCAAUCCGGACAUAGACGCUAAAAACCGACGAAUAAGAGCGGUGAACCAGAUCAAGCAAAAAUUAGGUCCAGCCAAAGUUUUUGAUGGAGGAAGUGUUUUGUACUUACCUCAGAAAAUAACCGACACAGUCCAAUCCUUCACCACUUCCAUUCCUGGUCCAGACGGGGAUCUCGAAAUAGGUCUUACGAUUAUAUAUAAGAGGAAAAAAAAUCUAGCAGAUAGGGAGUGCCUGCACUUAUAUAACGUUUUGUUCAAACGCAUCAUGUACUCUUUGAUGUAUACUCAGAUGGGAAGGAAUUAUUUCAAUACGGAACACAAACACUUGAUACCGCAGCAUAAGUUAGAGGUGUACCCUGGAUUUGCAGUGUCUGUGGAUGAGUUGGAGGAUGGUCUGAUGCUUUGUCUUGAUACCCAGCAUCGAGUAAUGCGUACGCAGAAUGCGUACGAACUACUUACUGAACUUCGAAUUUCGGAUUCUAAUAGAUUCAAAGAAGUCGCCAACUCAAACUUGAUUGGUUCUUGCAUUUUCACAAAGUAUAAUAAUAAAACUUACAUAAUAGACGAUGUAGCCUGGGACAUGACUCCUCGUGAUACCUUUCCAACGAGAGAUGGUAGGAAUAUUACCUUCAUUGAAUACUAUAAGACGCAGCACAAUAUUGUCAUAAGAGAUGAAACACAACCUCUUUUGAUCAACAGAAGGGAUGUUAAGGUGUCUGGCAGUUCCGAGAAGGUGAAUAAUCAUGGAGCUUUCAUAGCUAUAAAUUUAUUUGUAGAGAUUCUAAAUAAAUCUUUUAAGGUGAUGAAAGACGUUGCCCAGUAUACCAGAGUAACUCCUAACCAGAGACUAGCUGCAUUACGAACAUAUAUGGACAAUGUUAGAAAGUCAGAAGCGGCUCAGCAAAUUUUGGGCAACUGGGGAUUGAAACUAGCAGACACCCCUUUGACUCUUCAGGCAAGACAACUAGAAAAUGAAACGAUAUAUUUUGGCAGGAACCAAUGUAUUCAAACGAACAAUAACGCUGAUUGGAACAGAGCAGUUGGAGAGCAACAGGUGGCUUUACCUGUUGAUAUGCACACUUGGAUUCUUUUUUACACGGGGAGAGACGAAAAAUAUGCCAAAGAUUUUUCACAGACUAUUGUUAGGCUGGGCAGUGUUAUGGGCUGUCGUAUAAAUGCUCCGAAACCAGUGAAACUGCAAGAUGAUCGAACUGACACCUAUAUUAGAGCAUGCCAAGAAAACAUUGAUGAAAAUAUACAGAUUGUGGUUUUCAUCUGCCCCACCAUGAGAUCGGACCGAUAUGCUGUCAUCAAAAAAAUUUGCUGCACUCAAAUACCGGUGGCGUCACAAGUGAUCAAUUCCAAGACGCUUUCAAACCCUCAAAAAGUUCGAUCUAUAAUUCAAAAGAUUGCCCUACAGAUGACCUGUAAGCUCGGCGGCACACUUUGGACCGUCCGGUUUCCUUUCAAAGGAUGGGCGAUUUGUGGCAUUGAUGUAUAUCACGGUUCACCAGGCAACUCAGUUUGUGGUUUUGUUGGAAGUUUGAACGAGAGCAUAUCUAGAUGGUACAGUACCGCUAUAUUCCAAGAACGGGAGUUGAGCGACUUCUACAAAAUAGCUUUUACCAAGUACCUUGAAAAAUAUCGCAACGCAAACGGUUUUUUCCCCUCCAAGAUCGUCAUUAUAAGAGAUGGGGUAGGAGAUGGUCAACUUGCCCACUGCAAACGAUACGAAAUUGAACAACUAGAGAGUGUUCUUAAGCAAUUCCAACUUGAGACCAAGUUAUGUUUCAUCAUCGUUCAAAAACGGAUCAACACCCGCAUCUUCAACUUUGGUCGAGACGGUUGCGAGAAUCCACCUCCUGGCACUGUUUUGGACCACACCGUCACUAGGAGGUACUUGCAUGACUUCUUUUUGGUACCUCAGAACGUGCGGCAGGGCACCGUCAACCCAACACACUACAUUGUUUUGUACGAUACCUGCAAUCUCAAACCCGAUCACAGUCAAAGGCUAUGUUACAAACUGUGCCAUCUCUACUACAAUUGGCCGGGUACCAUAAGGGUGCCAGCUCCAUGUCAGUAUGCUCAUAAGUUGGCCGCUUUGGUGGGGCAACAUAUUAAAAAGGCGCCCAGUGCUGUUCUGUCUGACACGCUGUUCUACUUAUAAAAAAGCGGGUACAAAAUGCGAAUAAAAUAUAGGAAAAGCGAAUACUGCCGAAAAUAUAGUGGAACUAUGACGGAGAACAUGACUAAUUUUAGUGUGUGAGUGUUGAGUUUAUUCUGUGGGUUAAGCCUUGUAUUCUAGAAUGGAUUCAACUAUUUUGUGGUGCUAUAUAAGAGUUUUUUAAAAUGAAAACUUGUAACUUGUCAAUUGAUUUAAUUCUCAUAAAUUUUUUUCAUAGCAAAGCAGUGAGCACUGUUGAAAUGUUCAGCUAUUGAGAAGAUAAUGCUAGGGGAUGUUUUGCACCAAUAAAACUCGGCAAUUGUUUUAUAAAAAAGACUUCUUUGAGAUUUUUGCAUGACAGUUGACGGAAAUUAUUUUUUCUUGCAGUUUUUUUUGACAUCAUGGAUACAAAUCCUGGCGUUUCCUCUAAUUUGAUUUUGUUUUGAAAAAGCUCUGGACGCAAUGAAUCAGACAGAAACAACUUUUUACGAAUGUUAAUAGAUAGUGUAGGAGCUCAACUGUCAUCAAAUCAAAUUUUGUUUUAAAAUCUUCACAUUUUUACAUAUGCACUUUCACUUCAAAUGUUGGUGUAUUUUCUCUAAUGCUUUAUAUAAAGAUAUAUUUCUAAAGGUAAACAGCAUUGAAGUGUCGAGCACUAGAUGGGUGUAAGCUUAGUACCAUCUGUGAUGGGAGUGGAACAUUCUGUCAAUUAGUUUAUCCAUUCAGGUUUUUCAUGUCUAAAAAUGUUUAUGGAACAAUUUGUAAAAUUUUCGAAUUUUGUAAAAACAAUUCCACAACAUAAUGAGGUGACUAUUUAUAGGAGUUCAGCUCAUCAGGCUUCCAGUCCAUCUCACUUAAGAAUAAGUAUAUGAUAGCAAUUGCUCCCAUUAAGUUAUUGAUAGCUUUUCAGAAAUAUCUCGGUGAUUAGAAUAUUACAAACUGCUCGAAAAUAGGUCCAGAAAAUAUUUCUAGCUACCAUUAGUUAGUAUCGAAUGACGUUAGUUAUCUACUGGAAUUGGAUUUUGAAGCCCAUCUAUCGACUUCCAGAUUAUGAUCCAAGUAAAUGUUUCACAAUAUGUUGAAAUAGCUGAAACUCUUUUAGGAGUUUUAAAAAAUUUUGAAUAUCAAACUGGCCUAACAAAUUAAAAAUACAUCAAUUGCAAGACCAAUUUUUGAAAGGAAGAAAAUAACUUCUUGAAAUACUGUUAAAUCCAUUCAAGAAUAUUGCAUUAACCACAUCAAACAGAUUUUUUAUAAACUCUUCUCAGCAUCUGGCAUUCCAAGCAUCAGUUUUAUAUGUUUCUUUUUUUUGUAACAUUUUAUUGUCAUAUUAAAACUAGUAACUACGCAAACGGAGACUGAACUGACUUUUCCUUAUAUUUUCGUCUCAUUGAUCUUUACAAAUGGUGUUGAUUAUUUAAGUUUUCGUCUUCGAGUGUUCUGUUGGAUUUUGUAACAUUUUCUUGUGUUUAUUUUCUAGGUUUUAUAUUUAUUUCAAGUUGUUACCUCCGUUACUGAAGCUCACAAACAUGUAAAUUCCUGAUAAAGCUAACGUUUUGGUGUUUUUAGUUUAGGUAUGUACUAAAAUUCUGUGCAAAGUUGUAAAGGACUUAAAAAUGUUGACUGGAUUUUUACUAAUGACGACAUGGGAGCAGUUCUUUGCUUUCCUUACUUUAAUGAAACAUGCAAAAUAUUGAAUCAUUUUGUACCACAGAAAAUGGGCAAUUUGAUGUUAUAUUUUUAAAUGAGGUGUUUCAAUUUUGGUAGUUUACAAGGAAUCUUUGCAAGUUAACUUUUUCAGGGAUUUUCUUCCCUGUGUUCCAACUUAUGAACUGAAAUGAAGUUGUGUUUUUUUAUGUCCACUCUAUUAUUUGAAUUUAUUGAUUUAGAUAUAAUGAAAGUAUUUUCUUGUAGUAUAAGUUGAGUUUUCUAAGUAAUGUUACUGUUGAUAAAAAAUAACUUUUAUUAAACUAUUUUUGUACAUUUA